AUGCCUUCGUUACCCACCGAGACCGACGCGUUGUUAGGUGGUGAGCGGCCGCGGUCGCGCCGUCUGUCACGGUAUCUGCGGCAUGACCUCGAUCCACACUACGGAGACUUGCUGUUGCUGUUUUGCUAUAUCAUUACUGGCCUGCUCGACAGCUCGGCGGUUUUUAUCUGGGGCUCCUUCGUCAGUAUGCAGACCGGAAAUACCGUCUAUUUUGGGCUGGGUCUGGUUGGAAGUGACGACGACCGAUGGAUCAAGUCCGGCAUCUCCAUUGCGAGUUUUUGUCUUGGAUCCCUCUGUUUCGCCGCUUUUCACCGUGCCUUUGCGCCGCGACAACGUUGGGUGCUAUGUGCAUCAUUCAUUGUGCAAUUGAUCUGUAUUAUCGGCGCAGCCUUGAUUGUUACCAUCUAUCGACCGGUCCGCGAUGCGCCCCUGAGCUGGUUGGUACUGGUGCCCCUGGCUUUGGUAGCAUUCCAAAGCAGCGGACAGGCAGUGACCAGUCGUGUGUUGAAUUAUAACGGCCUUACCAGCGUCGUUCUUACGAGUAUCUACUGCGAUCUCUUUUCUCAUUCGGACUUCUUGUCUCCCAAAGUGAUCGCUCAUGUCGAGGAGCUGCGUCGAGCAGGCGCCGUGGUUUGUCUGUUGUUCGGGACAAUCCUAGGUGGACUCUGGGCGCAUAGCUCCGUCGGUAUGAUGGGUGCUCUCUGGACAGCAGCGGCUCUAAAAGGGAUGAUCGUGCUUGCGUGGUUUGGUUGGAAGGCUAAAGAUGGUGAUUCGGAUCAAUAA